AAAAAAAAGGAGCAAAACAUUAUUUUCUUUAUCUUCAUUCUCUCUCUCUUUUUUUUCUUCUUAUUUUUCUGUUCUUCUAUAUCUGAGAAUCUGUUCAACAGUUGUAUUUUAACUGAUUUGGAACCCUAGCAUUUGGAUCCACUUGAAGUAUUAGAUGUGAAGCAAGCUUCUCUGUUUGGAAAUAGUUUUUUUCGGUUGGUUUUGGUUGCAUUCUGGGCGUGAGAUUGGUGAGAGGGAGUGUUUGAAUCGGAGAUAUCAGAGAUGUCGGAGACUGACGGCGAAGCGGUGGAUGUAGGAAGCAAUGCUGGGAGUGAGUCGCGGGUGAGGAUGACGUCGACCUCGGCGGGAGCUCCUCCGUCGUUGACGGUGUCGGCGUCGUUUAAGGAGAGCGGGGGGAAAGGUUCGUCGAGGAGGAGACCUGUUAGGUCUAGCUUCGAUGCGGAUAAUGAGUUCAUUACGUUGCUUCAUGGGUCGGAUCCGGUGAAAGUAGAGCUAAAUCGGUUGGAGAAUGAAGUUAGAGAUAAAGAUAGAGAAUUAGGAGAAGCACAAGCGGAAAUUAAGGCAUUAAGGAUGUCUGAAAGGCUUAGAGAAAAGGCUGUCGAAGAGCUCACUGAUGAGGUCUCGAGGAUGGAAGAGAAGCUUAAGUUGACUGAAUCUCUUCUGGAAAGCAAGAACCUUGAAAUCAAGAAAAUAAAUGAUGAGAAGAAGGCAUCGAUGGCUGCUCAGUUUGCAGCCGAGGCCACUCUAAGGAGGGUCCAUGCUGCUCAAAAGGACGAUGAUAUGCCUCCUAUUGAAGCAAUUCUUGCACCCUUGGAAGCGGAACUGAAGCUUGCUCGGCAAGAGAUUGCAAAGCUUCAAGAUGACAAUAAAGCCCUUGAUCGUCUAACUAAAUCAAAAGAAGCAGCUUUACUUGAAGCUGAAAGGACUGUACAGGUUGCACUAGCCAAAGCGUCCAUGGUGGAUGAUCUCCAAAAUAAAAACCAGGAGUUGAUGAAGCAGAUAGAAAUUUGCCAGGAAGAAAACAAAAUUUUGGACAAAAUGCAUCGCCAAAAGGUUGCAGAGGUUGAAAAGCUUACACAAACAGUAAGAGAGCUGGAGGAGGCUGUUCUUGCUGGUGGUGCUGCUGCAAAUGCAGUUAGGGAUUACCAGCGGAAAGUUCAGGAGAUGAAUGAGGAAAGAAAAACUCUUGACCGGGAGUUGGCACGUGCAAAAGUAACAGCAAAUAGAGUGGCAACGGUUGUAGCAAAUGAGUGGAAAGAUUCUAAUGACAAAGUGAUGCCUGUAAAACAAUGGCUCGAAGAGCGGCGAUUCUUGCAGGGAGAAAUGCAGCAACUACGUGACAAGCUUGCUAUAACCGAACGAACUGCUAAAUCGGAGGCACAAUUGAAAGAGAAAUAUCAAAUGCGGCUUAAAGUUCUUGAAGAGAGCUUGAGAGGAACUCCUAACGGUCUUAGUCGCUGUUCAUCGGAUUUAAGAAACAUGAGCAACGGGCCUUCUAGGCGUCAGUCUUUGGGUGGAGUUGAUAACUGCUCAAAACUUACACCCAAUGGAUUUUUAUCCAAGAGAUCACCAAGCUCUCAAUCGAGAUCCUCUUUGUCAUCUAGCACAGUUUUGAAGCAUGCUAAAGGAACAUCCAAGUCUUUUGAUGGAGGCACAAGAUCAUUAGAGAGAGCUAGAUCAGUUUUAAAUGGAAAUGGCUCAAAUAGUUCAUUCAAGCAGCCUUCCGAUGGAACCAAGGUGGGUGAGGUACCAAAUGAUGAAAAACCCACUGAUUUUCAGCCUGUUGACACAGAGGAUCAUGUUCCAGCAAUAUUGUACGAUUUGCUGCAAAAAGAGGUCAUAGCUUUGAGGAAAGCUGGUCACGAGAAAGAUCAAAGCCUCAAAGAUAAAGAUGAUGCAAUUGAGAUGCUUGCUAAGAAGGUGGAAACCUUGACAAAGGCAAUGGAAAUUGAAGCUAAAAAGAUGAGAAGAGAAGUGGCUGCAAUGGAGAAAGAGGUUGCUGCCAUGCGUGUGGAGAAAGAACACGAGAACAGGGCCAAGCGGUUUGGUAACUCCAACUCUAAGGGUUCUGCUGCCCAGCUGCUUGCUGGAAGGAAUUUAUCCCGAAGUGGGUUGACACGCAGCACUCAAUGACGACGUAUUUUAAUUGCAGCAGCGUCAGGGAGCAAAAUUUGCAUAGGUCUCCUGUGUCCUUUGUUUUAUUUUUCUUUAUAAUAUAUCUAUAUAUUUACCUCUACUUUGGUGAUUGGUUAUAACAUUAUAAAACUUGCAUGCCGAUGAACCUAUGUUCACUGAUAUUGAUCUUUGAAGAAAUCUGGGAAAAAGAUUUAAUCAGAAGAAUUUGCCGAAUCGGUAUGCAACCUUUCUGACAUAGAUUGCUAUUAUUUUCCUCUGCUUAGAUACGAACUAAAAGGAAAAGAGGGGAAGAAAAGGAACUAUUGACUGUUGGGUGUAUAGGUAGAAGCUGGUUUUCGUUUAUUGCUGGGUUUUGCAGUCGAUAUUUGUAAUCUGCAGUGCAGGUAGUGUGAUUUGUCUCUUUAAAAAAAUGAAGUUUGUUAAUAUUCUUGUAAUCAAAUCCUAUUCUGCUGUUGGGUUGUGUU